AUGAAUGAGAAAAGGAAUAAUUCUAGUAUUUUAUCGUUUUUUCAAAAAAAAAACAAACCAAAUGAUUUGGUAGUAACAGAUGAAGAUGAAGAUGUCAAUCCUGAUGAUCCACAGCCUAUACCUUUAGUUCAGCAAGAAACAGUAAGGUUAACUGAUAAUGAAAAGAACUUAAAAUUUCAAUAUUCAUGGUUGGUUCAGUUUAAAUGGUUACAAUACUCAAAGGAGCAAAACGGAGCAUAUAGUAGGAUAUGUAUACUUUUUAGUCAUGGUACAAUAGAAAAAGGGGCUCAUCAGAGUUUAGGAAAUUUAGUGACAGUUAAAUUUGAUAGUUGGAAAAAAGCAAUAGGUGCUAAAGGCCAAUUUCAAACGCAUGCCAAUACUAAUUACAAUAAAACAUGCCAACAAGGAAUCGCACUUAGAGGUCAUCGGGAAAAUAAACCACUUAUUAAUCAAAAUGACAUAAGUACUGAAUUAACUAAUGAUGACAAUGACGGAAAUUUUAGACAAUUAUUAAGGUUUAGAGUAGAUUUUGGCGAUAAAGAUCUUGAAGAUUAUCUACAAAAUAGUCCUAAACAUGUGUUGUAUGUUAAUAUAAAUAAAUCUAAAGCGUUCACUGUACUAGCUGACGAAAUCACUGAUAUAUCAAACAAAGACCAGUUGACAAUAUGA